AUGCACAGAACAGACUCUGGCUUCUAUGUAAUCGAUGUCUUGCCUUUGCACCAUGCAAGUAAAAGGCCUUUCCACUUGGAGAAGCGCAUGCGCUCCAAGAAAUCUUCCCCCCUUUAUUCUUCAAACCUUCCACUUUCUCCAGCAGAAGCUCACCUGAAACGUGAAGCGAUCCUUGAAGCUCGUCGCCUUAAACUUGCUCGCCAGUUUCUUCACGUUAAAGACGUCCUUGACAAACAACAUCAAAGAGCCUUGCGUGAUUCCUCAGCCAAACGAUCCCAAAUUCAAACCACCCUUCGUAUGGCAGAAAAGAACAGGAACUUGAUUUUACAAAAGCUAGUCGAGCAAGCCGCACAAGAAGUAGCUAGAUGUAAAGAAGUUGCAAGAAUGCAGCAGUUGAAGAAUCAGGAGGAAACUGAUCGAAGAAGGAAAGACAUGGAAAGACGACAGAAAGCGACGGCUGCUAGGAGGGCAAGACUUUUGAGCGCUUCAAAGACAAAGACUACUGGAAGUAACGCUAAUGUGCCCAUGAGUCGAGAAGAGGCUGCCGUAUUUAUUCAGGGGAUUUGGAGAUAUAAUCGAUUGAUGCCUUGCGUGAAAGCAUUCAGGAAAUUUGGGAUAAACAUUCAUGCGGUCGAAUCUAUAUCGUUCGGAGAUAUUGUAGCAUUAUUGCAGAAACCGGCAGUCAUCCAAGCAACUUCAAAGUUGCUGGCACGCAUCAGAAAAGUUUCGUCUUUAACUUCUGGUUCUAAGAAAUAUAAGAAUUUUGCAAGAGUAUUCCUUAGUGUAUAUAUGAUUACAGCACAUACGGGAGAGAUUCUCGUUGAUAUGGGACCACACGAAAAUGAAUUAUUGAGCAGCGCUAAAAGUAUGUUGGCCAAUUUUGAGCGCUGGAUAGACGAAGUUUCCGUCACAACUCCGGGCAGAAUCCAUUAUUCUUCACUUGUCAAAUUCCUUUACGACUGGGAUGCCUACUACAAUGCCUUCAACACUUGGAAAACAAAGGAUUCCGAAAAACUGACAUCUAACCUAAUCGCUCACUAUCUAGAUUACGAAAAGUUAUGGAACACUGUUAAGAACCAAGCAAAUGCUGAGACAGAGUGGCGACCUAAUAUUGUCUUCCAACAGGAAGAAAUCAGACGAAAGGUUAGGAAUCUGGGUGGUGACGCCGCUAUGGCACGUUUGGAGAACGCCCUUCGGCAAUUAAGAAAGAAGAUACCCAAAGACAAUGAUGAAUCUGGAUUCGGAAAUGAUACUGUUAAAAGGAGUGUCAGUCAGGAAUCAGGUGAUUGGUCUGACAAAGAUGACGUAUUACAAUCGCCGUCAGCAUCGCCAUCAUUACAAGGCACAGGUUCCUCGACCAUUUCAUCCUCGCCAGUGUCGAAUAAUAUUCAUGAAGCAAACAAUAACUUGCAAACAAUCAUACAGAGUUUUGGGGGUUAUGGUGCUGGGCUUAGUAACGAAAAGUUGGCACAUGAAAUCAUUAUUGAUCCUGAUUUCGAAUUGAAACCGCAGAAGAGAACAGAAUUGGAGGAGCGAGUAAGAGCGAUGACUACUAAAGCGCUCCUUGACUCUGCUAGGGAGGACUUUGAGCAAGGGAGAUAUGACAAGUGGAUUCCUAGUCUAAUGAAAGAUAUCAAGCAGACACUUCAAGAAAUAGUACCUCGCUCCUCGCUUUACAAUACUAUCGAAGAAGUACUCGAUAUCGACUUGAUCACUCAACAAACCAAAGUUGGUGUCUAUGACAUUCGUAACAGUAUAACGUUCAUCAUCGAUCUCAUGCUUCAAAUCUGUGCUCCCGUACGCGACGAACAAAUUAAAUCUCUCAAGGAUAUGACUGAUCUCGCGGAAAUCUUCCAGCACAUAUUUGAAUUUUUAGACAUGAUGAAAUUAGAUUUGUUGAAUUAUCAGGUCAAAUUGAUCAGACCGUAUUUGAAAGAACAAGCUGUAGAGUAUGAACGUGGAAAAUUCGAGUCGGCUUUUGUUGCGGGGAAAUUGAGUCUGGAACGGACGAAGGCUUGGCUUUAUCCUACUGUUGAUGCGCUGCUGCGCACUGCUGCUGAGCGUAAUCCGGAGAGAGUCAAUCUCCCUCAACAUAGACACAAUCAUGGUAUAAAAUUCGAUCAAGUCUUCGACGAUGCAUUCAUUUCCCUUAUUUUCCAACCUACUCAGAUAGACAGAAACAACUGUCCGGAAACUUUCUUGCUCGAUGUUGAACGGUUAUGGAACUUCCAAAACGAGAGUCAGAUGGUCACUAUAGUUGCUGUAUUAAUUAUGUUGACUAAAAAUAUUGCCACCGCAUCUCAACAGCCAAAUGUUGCCGAUCUCGAGACUUUAAAAGACCGUCUAUUCAUCCUUCUGAGCGAUGGUGACAUGACCAUUGAUAAUCUCUCUGCCGAGGUUUCAAAUCAUUUCCCCAAAAUGACUCCUGAAACUCAAUCUCUCAUUAACUCUAUGGUUUCGAAAACACUUUCGCAGAAUGAUAAGGUAUACUCUUUACUUUCUCGUAGAGUGCAGACAAUAGUAAAGACGCAUUUACAGAGUGGACAGUUCCCCAAACCGGAAUUGUUGGCACAGUACGGCGUUGCUUCUGUCGCAAAAGAACUGGAGGCGUUGAGCAAAAAGAUUCGUAUCCUCGGGAGAUAUAAUAGGGAGGUAUACGCUAAAUGGUAUGAUGAAACGAUCAGAGAAAGGUUGAGAUCGCAAGCUGGAGGGAAUUGA